GCGGCCAGGAAGACGUUCGCUUGCAGCAUUCCUUUGUUGUUGCGCGAAAGGAAGUAUCGCAAACCCACCAACCUCGAUCUAUUUCAGCACGGUGACAGCCUUCUUCUACUCACUCACCCUUGGAAGCUGAGUGCUCGGUUCGCAGACCAUUGGAACAUCAUACCUCUCAACCAUUAUCAAAGUCCCAUCUCAAUCGCGCAGCCCGAUCCCCAGCCCGCAAUCAAUAUCACUUUUUACACCGCUAGCUUUGCCGUUUGAGCCUCGUCCAUUAAAAUGCCUCCUAGGGUAUCUGAUCAUGGCCGGCGCCUCAGCCGUGCGUAUCUAGGCCCUGUGGAAGGACGCGAAAAGGAGUUUUCAGAACAUCCAGACCCUAAUGAGUGCCUUGCACAAGCCAACCAGUAUCUCGCAAACCAAAAUGUACACUCGUCUCGACAAUUUGAGCGACGCCUUGAUCUCAUUGAGAGAUUCAUCCUGAGAAGAUACCCUGUAGAAGGUCUUUCGUUCGAUCGUCGUUUGUAUAAUCAGGUCAGAGCGCAGGUGGAGGGGCAUAAACGACAAAUUAGAGCUUUGGAGCGCACAGAGCCAAUAGCUGUCCAUCCAGGCCGGCUAAGUGAAACAAGUGAAAGCGACUCUUCCAGUGUUGAGGAGGUGGGAAGGUAUCGCGGAUUAGCUCGGGAGCCUGAAGACUUACCUACCAAACCCCACCACCAAGCUGCCGUAUCAUCUACCCAAGUCGUGCCAGGAUCCCGUACGAGCACGACAGCCUCGAAACCAAAGCCAGCUCAAGGCGACCCGAGUGCAGCAACGCGUCCCCACGAUAGACGUCGCGAGGACGUCGGCAUUCGCACAAAAGUAUGGGAGUACGGACGUGAUAAAGACGCACCAAACGAACCGGAAAUCUGGCACGCAGACAUGCCCGCUAUCCUGCCCUUCGGCGAGACGAUAUACAUGGCCAAGGUGGAGUCCGACUGGAUUGAUGCGGAUCUCCGCCAGAACGGCGCUGGUUCUCGCGCUGAUAGAACGGCGGAUCAAGGCAAAGGGAAAGGCAAAGCUACGGAGGUCGCGACACCCAGUGCAAAAGGCAAAGAGCGAGCAAGGUUUACGCAACUUGAAGAAGGACGAGUGAUCAGAACCAGCGCUCCAGCGACUGAGCAGCCUCAACUCAGUCUAUACGAUUCCGGAUCGCGCUUCAAGCUGCCGUCUCUUCGUGAGGGGAGGUUCGAAAAUUUGGAAAGUUUCACGAAGUACAAUAAGGGGUUAUUUGAUCUUGACUCGGUCGUCAAGGAAUUCAACAGAGACAAGAGCAAGGGAGGGAAAGACUACAAGCCAAACACAUACGCUCCUCGUAUAGCCCUCCCAGUUUUCAAAGAGGCAAAGGCAUCGAAACGUGCGUCGACCGGAAGCUCAUCAGCGACAAGGUCUCGAAAAACCUCCCAAUAUGACGAGCUCUCUCAUGCGUCGCCACUCGAAAGCGCGUCACGUUCGAAACGCAAAGCAUCACUUGCAGCAGAGGAAAUCAACAAGAGGGUGCGCCACUAGAGGCGCUGGAUGGAGGAAUAUGGAAUUGAGCAACUAUAGUAGCGUUGCUAACGCUCUCUUUAAUGAACGAUACAAAUGUAAGAGUAGUGAACCAGUCAAUGAAAAAUAAAGUUCCUCUUUUGUCUUGUAUCCAUUCAGUGACAGCGAAAAUACACUAAAGGACAGCUGGAUCGGGGUGACUUUGUCAGC